GAUGCUUUAGUUGGUAUUCCACACUCGACCUAGAAGUUAAACCAACUUAGCUUGGCAUCGAUCAAAUUCAAUCGUCCAUUGAAUUUGAUACGAUCGGUCGCGUCUUCUCCUUUCCGAUCCUCACUGUACCGUCCUCAAGGAUUAUCCACGCACACCGCUUAGGAUUACCUACGCACCCGGGAUUACCACAACUGCCGCUUGUAGCAGUCCAAAAGUGUACACCAUGAGAAGUGCACUGUUUGUCUUGGCGCUUUGCGUUGUGGCAGUGGCCACCGCAUCGGCCGAUACCCAUGAGCGCAAAAUUCGUGCCGCCGAGGGUUACUUCUACCCCUCGCCCGAGGUGCCGUUCGAUCUGCCCGUUCGCACCACCCAGCCGCCCACAAGGCCGCCAACGCGCCCUCCUACUCGGCCACCAACGCGCCCUCCCACGAGGCCACCAACCACUCGUCCUCCAGCAACCUACCUGCCGCCCACCAACAAGCCACUGCCACCAGUGACCACCCGUCUGCCUCCUCCACCACCACCACCAAGGACUCCUGCCCCAACGAGGCCACCAACUAGGCCCCCAACCACCCGUCCUCCAGCAACUUACCUGCCACCCACCAACAAGCCACUGCCACCAGUGACCACCCGUCUGCCUCCUCCACCACCACCACCAAGGACUCCUGCCCCAACGAGGCCACCAACUAGGCCCCCAACCACUCGUCCUCCAGCAACCUACUUGCCACCCACCAACAAGCCACCGCCACCAGUGACUACUCGUCGUCCAACACCACCACCAACUCGUCCACCAACCUACGCACCCACCACUCGUCGCCUGACGACUCCGGCUCCUACUUACCUGCCACCCACCAACAAGCCGCUGCCACCGGUCACCGUGCGCACCACCGUUCGCACCACUCCUCGUCCAACUCCUCCUCCUACCAGGCCACCAACUAGGCCACCAACCACCUACCUGCCUCCCGUUGUUGUGACCACUCGUCGUCCAACACCGCCACCAACUCGUCCACCAACCUACCCACCCACCACUCGUCGUCUGACGACUCCGGCUCCUACUUACCUGCCACCCACCAACAAGCCACUGCCACCGGUCACCGUGCGCACCACCGUUCGCACCACUCCUCGUCCAACUCCUCCUCCUACCAGGCCACCAACUAGGCCACCAACCACCUACCUGCCUCCCGUUGUUGUGACCACUCGUCGUCCAACACCGCCACCAACUCGUCCACCAACCUACCCACCCACCACUCGUCGUCUGACGACUCCGGCUCCUACUUACCUGCCACCCACCAACAAGCCACUGCCACCGGUCACCGUGCGCACCACCGUUCGUACCACUCCUCGUCCCACUCCUCCUCCUACCAGGCCUCCAACCAAGCCCCCAACCACCUACUUGCCCCCCGUUGUCGUGCGCACCACUCGUGCCACCCCACCACCAACUCGUCCUCCAACCCGUCCACCAACCUACGCACCCACCACUCGUCGUCUGACCACCCCGGGACCCACUUACUUGCCACCCACCAACAAGCCACUGCCCCCAGUCACCGUGCGCACCACCGUUCGCACCACUCCUCGUCCAACUCUGCCUCCUACCAGGCCACCAACCCGCCCACCAACCACCUACCUGCCACCCCCAACUGUGCGCACCACCCGUCCUCCUCCACCACCCACUCGUCCCCCAACUAAGCCCCCAACCACCUACCUGCCCCCCGUUGUGCGCACCACUCGUGCCACCCCACCACCAACUCGUCCACCAACUCGUCCACCAACCUACCCACCCACCACUCGUCGUCUGACGACCCCGGCUCCUACUUACUUGCCACCCACAAACAAGCCACUGCCCCCAGUCACCGUGCGCACCACCAUUCGCACCACUCCCCGCCCAACUCUGCCACCCACGAGGCCACCAACCCGCCCACCAACCACCUAUCUGCCACCCCCAACUGUGCGCACCACCCGUCCUCCUCCACCACCCACUCGUCCCCCAACUAAGCCCCCAACCACCUACCUGCCCCCCGUUGUGCGCACCACUCGUGCCACACCACCACCAACUCGUCCACCAACCUACCCACCCACCACUCGUCGUCUGACGACUCCGGCUCCUACUUACUUGCCACCCACCAACAAGCCUCUGCCCCCAGUCACCGUGCGCACCACCGUUCGCACCACUCCUCGUCCAACUCUGCCUCCUACCAGGCCACCAACCCGCCCACCAACCACCUAUCUGCCACCCCCAACUGUGCGCACCACCCGCCCUCCUCCACCACCCACCCGUCCCCCAACUAGGCCCCCAACCACCUACCUGCCCCCCGUUGUCGUGCGCACCACCCGUCCUCCUCCCCCACCCACCCGUAGGACCACCGUGUACGUGCCACCACCAACCGUGCGCACCACCGUGUACGUGCCACCCCCGACUCAGCGCACCACAGUGUACGUCCCACCCGCACCCACCAAGCACCAGGGCUACCAGUACCCCGUGCCCAGCAUCCCCUUCAACUUCUAGAUCUAGAGAUCCAGAUGUGAUUAGGGAUAGGGCCUUCGUCUAGGGCUAGAUUGAUCUAGUCAAUUCUCGUACAGUCUAACUUUACACGAUCCGGCGCCAGCGGUGCUAGAGGGCGCCACUGGUGCGCCUGCAUGGACGACAAUUGUUUGUUUUUAUUUUAUUUUUGUAAUUAAUGAAUCGCAUACUCAUACAGCUAGGGAUCAUUGUAAAUGAGUGCCCCAAUUGUACAGCUAACAGUCUAUCCAACUCUUGCUAUGUUCUACCACUACUAUACGAUCGAUGGGCGGCCGUCGUCUGUGACGGGCGCCAGCUCAAGACUAUAUAGCUCUAUAUUACGAUUAAAUAAACUUUUAAUUCGGAUCGCUGAAACCUGAACAAUAAAA